AUGGAAGAUGCAUAUUUUUAUGAAGAAGUAAGCGAAAGUGAAUGCGUUUUUGGAAUUUUAGAUGGUCAUGGGGGAAGAUAAAUAUCUGAAUUUGUAGCGAUAAAUCUUCCUAAAAUACUUACCGAAAAUUUGAAAUAAAACUAAAAUUUAGAAGAUAUUAGUGAAUUAUUAAUAGAUACUUUUGCUCUUUUAGAUGAAAAAAUUAAAUAAGAAAUAAGUUCUAAAGCUGAAGAAUGUGGUACUACAUGCACUAUCGGCGUAAUAAGAUAAGAAAACGAUUAAAAAGUGCUUUAUAUUGCUAAUGUUGGGGAUUCAAAAGCCGUUUUAUAUUCUAAAAAUAUCGAAUAAUUAACAGUAGAUCAUAGAGCUUCUAAUGAAGAGGAAAAAAGCAGAAUAAAAAAUGCAGGAGGAUUCGUAAGUAUGGGAAGAAUUUAAGGUGAAUUGGAAGUCAGCAGAGCUUUUGGAGACUUAAAAUAUAAACUUAAAGGUGUCAGUAUUAUACCUUAUAUUAGCAAAACAAUACUUGAAUAAUAUGAAGAAAACGCUAUAUAUAAUAUUGUUAUUGCUAGUGACGGAUUAUGGGAUUAUGUUGAUGAGAAAUUAAUUGAAGUAUAUUGUGGAGAAAAAUCAAAAUUCGAGUGGAGAUAUUGCCUCUAAAUUAAAAAAUUUAGCUAAAAGUAAAAGAUCUUAAGAUAACAUUUCCGUUAUGGCAGUUUAGGUCAGCUUUUAAGAAUGUUAUAGUAGUAUUUUAGGUUGAUUUUUUACUUUUGAUUUUUUUUUAUUUUAUUUUUGGGAGCAGUUUUAGUUUUUUUUUUUUUACUUACUUUCCUUUUUUUAAAUUAAAGAAAAAAUAUUAUUUUUAUUAAUGUAUUUUUUUAUUUUUUUUUAUGUAAAUUUUUGAAAUAAAAA